UAGGACUCACUCAGCUUCAUCUCUCAAUAUCUCUACAAAAAAAUCAAAUCCCUUUUGAAAAUUUCUUCAUACAAUACUUGCUCUUUCCUCAAUUAGCCAUUAAUUAUGGCUUGUUCAAUGGCUACUAAGUUGGCUUGUGUGUUGCUUAUGUGCCUGGUAGUGGGUGAACCCUUAGCCUACGCAGCCAUUACAUGUGGGGAUGUGACUAGCAAGUUAGCACCAUGUAUAAGCUACCUGAGAGGUAUUGGAACUUUGCCUUCAGACUGCUGCAGUGGAGUUAAGGCCCUUAAUUCAGAGGCUAAGACCACUCCUGAUCGCCAAGAUGCUUGCAAGUGCUUGAAAAGCUCUGCUGCUAACGUUCCUGGUCUUAACUAUAGUUUGGCUUCUGGGCUUGCUGGCAAAUGUGGUGUUAGCCUUCCCUUCACAAUCAGCCCCAACAUCGACUGCUCCAAGGUAAAGUGAAACUUUGGAGGAAGGACAUGCAUGGAGUGGAGAUCAGAAGUCAGAAUAAAUGAUAUUGGCAGAAUAAAAUAAAAAUGGGUGUUAGAGAGCCCAUUUAAUUGGGUUCCCCUAGAGGGAAUUAUUACCUUAAUUAUAUGUAUUUCUAUGUUUGUGCUCUCUCCACAGAUGUAUGAGAAUCUGAGUCUCUUGCUAUAAAUUUCAGUAUUUUCAGUUCUUGCCCUUUA